ACGUGUCUUUGAGGUCUCAUCACACUGUCCGUAACGUAGCCGCCUGACGAAACUCGUGUUCUUUUCUUCUUCUACUUUUCUUACAAUCAAGUCUUUGAUUCUUUUAGACCGGAGCUUCAAAGACUUCUUGGUCUCAGUUUGAACGCUUUUCCAUUUCUAUGUUUGAGUUCGCCUUAUUAUCGACCCGAUCUCUUCGCUGAUCGUUCCAAUACAAUUUUUAUUUAUUUCGAAGUAUGAAUUCCCAGCAAGAUAUGAGUUAUGAUGCCAAAAAUUCACCUCCAAGUGGAUUUGAGAAAACUUUGCCACCAGAAGAGUUUCUAAACAAGAUAAAUGAAGUGAGGACAUUACUAGGGCCAUUGACUGAGAAGUCAUCUGAGUAUUGUUCAAAUGCUGCCAUUGCCCGGUACCUAGCUGCGCGUAACGGCCAUGUCAAGAAAGCAACUAAAAUGCUCAAAGAAACCUUGAAAUGGAGGACUCAAUACAAACCCGAGGAGAUUCGAUGGGAAGAGAUUUCACGGGAAGCCGAGACCGGGAAGAUAUACCGAGCUGAUUGUACCGACAAGUAUGGAAGACCGGUUUUGGUUAUGAGACCAAGUUCUCAGAAUACAAAAUCUCCUAAUGGGCAGAUUAGAUUCUUGGUAUACUGCAUGGAGAACGCAAUCUUGAACCUACCGGAACACCAAGAACAAAUGGUUUGGCUAAUAGAUUUUCACGGUUUCAACAUGUCGCAUAUAUCAGUCAAAGUAUCUCGAGAAACCGCUCAUGUGUUACAAGAACAUUACCCUGAACGCUUAGGCUUGGCCGUCCUAUACAAUCCGCCUAAGAUUUUCGAACCCUUUUGGAAGAUGGUGAAACCGUUUCUAGACCCAAAGACACGCAACAAGGUGAAAUUCGUCUACUCAGAUGAUAACGUAAGCAAGAAGACUCUGGAGGAUAUCUUCGAUAUGGAGCAACUCGAGGUUGCGUUUGGUGGGAACAACAGUGACUCGAGUUUCAACUUUGAGAAAUAUGCGGAGAGAAUGAGAGAGGAUGAUUUGAAGUUCUUUGGAAACACCAUAGUGUCGUCAACCUCAGCUCGUUUGACAGGCUCGGAUUCUGAAGUUUCAGACUCUGAAAUAAAGCACUUGGAGGACAAAGCAGAUGCGAAGAUCAAGAACGGAGCCUCUUUAGAUACAACAAGAACCUAAACUUGAAGCCGAGAAUAGAAGAAACUUCUGGUUACUAAAAAUCAAACUGCAGCUUCUUAAAUGUUUCACACGGUAUAAUGUUUAUGUUCUUUAAGAUAUUGUCAACAGUUAUUUCUUAUCCAAGUUGGCGUUUACAUUAAA